AGAAGUAUCCCAGAAGAGACAAAACCAUACAAAAUAAGGACCCGAAAAGGAGGUCAACUGAUAUCAUCAUCAUCAAUAUUCCUUCAGAGCCUCUGUAAUGCUGCUUCGCUCAGGAAGCAAAAAGCCAAAUCACAUGCCUCUCCGUGGAAGGAAGUCUGUGAAGAAGAAGAAGAAGAAGAAGCAGAAGCAGAAGCAAUUUCUGCUUACAAAUAUAAGAACACCUCCUGGAAAGCCAGUGUUUAGCCUGCGAGAAACAGUGAAAUGUUAUAUACUAACCGAAGAUUCAAAAACAGUGCAUUUUGAUAUAGAUGAAGAUGGUCGUCAUGAAAUAUCUACCAAGGAUUCACAAUCCCAUGAAGAUAUUGCGUGGUUAAGCGUGUUCACAAGGAAUGAAGCAGCAGAUUGUAAAAAUUUGGUGAUCCUCACACAGAGAUCAAAGCUUAAUGAAUUUGUCCUGUUGUGCAAGGGUAAGAAACAUCUCUCUCUGAAGGUCUUAAAAGCAUCCUGUUCAGAGCCAGAUUACCCUUCAGUGGCAAGAUGCGAUAUGAAAACAUGCAACCAUGAAGAUCCUGACUUUAAACAGCUGAGUGAAGAUAAUAACUUUUUCAUCAUGCAUUACCAAGGAGAUUCAGUGCAGUUCCAAUGCUAUGAAGACAGAAGUUAUUACCUCUGUGUGAACGAUGACUCACUUGAUAUUCGCAAGCUGGAAAACAAAGAGCCCAACGAGGACAAAAAUUUUUACUUCAGGGUGUCAUAUUUACAGGAAAAGUAACUUGCCUGCCUUUCAGUGGCCUAAGUGCCCAUACAGCUCCUAAGAAGAUGAGGAAGUUUGAGAUCAACUUAUUUCUGUUUGAGCUAAAUUUUAACAUUUUCAUAAUUUCUAAGUCACCAACGUCCUUGAUUUCUGUACAUUCAAUAGCCAAGAGGAAGGCCAAGUUGAAAAACAUACUAAUUCAGUCAGUUAGUAUGUGAGUUUCUGUGUCCUACCUACACAAUUAUGUUUUUAAGGAAGCAAAUUAUUCUAGUGUGGGAAAAUAUACAAGGGAUAUUUCAAAGAUGCCAACAAUAAGGAACAUAUAUGAAUAUGAACAUAAUAUGUGCCAUUAGUUCUCCAUGUGGUAAACAUUAUUUUUUAAAAACUGUCUCUUAUAAGCUCACCUGAAUGUGACAAGAAAACUUCUAAAAGUUGUUAAAUGCACAUGUGCAUAUCCUGACUGAUUGAUUUGGACAAAGAGGAAGAAAAGGUGUCUUGAAUCUGUCUGAGAAUAAGGGAAGAUGCUGGAAGUUAGAAUAUGUCUCUGCACCUGUAGCUCCAAGUCAGUCCAUGUAGUCCAUACAAUUUCAUCAUCUCUUCAGCAUGGCAGCUCUCUAAGAAAAUGCACACAGAGCAUCAGGUGCACAAUGUGAAGGCAGAGGGAGGGAGACAUAUACUCCCUGAUGGGUGAUAACAGAUGCCUGAAAACAAAGCAGAAAAUUGCUCUGACAUAUUGGCUUCCACUUCCGAGUCUUAGAGGGAAAUGCAACCACAUGUUCAAUUCCAAAGCAGAGUGAAGAACAACAUCAGAAAAAUAAUGUUCAAAAUUACUGAAUAAAAUAAACACUAGGUGCUUUUGUGGGUUACACUGGAGAAGAAAUAAGAGUACCCAGCCUUUGCGCAAGGUAGUCAGUGUCAAAUGGAAGAUGUGGACACUUAAAUGUCCAUUGACCAUACCCUGCAAAGCAUAACAUAUUUGAAAUACAUGAGAAAACAAUCCGAACGUUAUCAGGAUCACUAGGUGUUAAAGAUGGGAUUCUUCAUUGCUGUACAUACAAUUCCACUCUGAUUUAGUGGCAAUUUUCUGCGGUGCAAGUAAUUUGAGACUGUAUAUGUAUAAAUGAUAAACAUAAUGCACCUAUGCCAAGAGACUGCUGCCUAGUUACAACAAAAGAGCCUACAAGAUAACACAACACUUGCAAGAAUAGUCCUGUGUAAAUAUAAUAAACAAUGCACACCUGAAAUGGGAAUCCGAAUGUCAGUCAGUUGAUCACACCAAUGCACAUUGAAAUAAGGCAAUUUUCCUCUGUAAACGAAACUUCAAAGUUCUGUGAGACCUUAAAAGAUUUCAUAGCUUGAUUUUGUAUUCUUCAAAUAGCAAAAAUCUUUAUGCUGGUUAUAAUGCUCAUUAAGAGAGCUUUUAAGUAUUUUUAAAUAAUACCUACAACUUCCGGACCUGCCAAGAGUUCAAUAAAGUUAGUGUGAAGAAAAAAUCCCCCAACUCUAAGUAUUAAUUUCAGCAUUUAUUACUAGAAUCAAGUUAUUUCAGCACUGCUUAAGAUGUUGCACAAGAAAUAGAUUCAGUCACAUAAUAAGUACAUUAGUUUCACUAUCUGGUACACUAACACUUCAUAGUCAUACAUUUAUUAUUGGUAGUGUAAUCACCUCAUUAAAUUACAAUAUGAGCUAGUUGGCAUGUUGAUGAAAAGAUGACAAGGCACCAUAAAGCUUUUACAAAGCGUAUUAAUUAAAUCAGCAUUGCUGAUAUCACCACAAAAGUACCAUUUACUUCAGUUAAAUUUGAAUAUGUUUUAUAGCUAAAAUUUGAAUUAUGGUUAUAUGCAGAACUUUGUACUUUUACCAUCUGCUUUUUUU